AUGUUGGCGAGUACAUCGACGUUCAAGGCGUGGCGACACAUGGUGGUGUUUACGCGCGAGUUUGAAGAACCGACGCUGGCUCAAUUGCAGGCUCAAGUCAGUCACGGUGACCGAAAGGCCAACGAUACGCAUGGCAAAGCACCACAGGCGAUUCGUAUUAGUGGGUACUGCAUGGGCGUAUUGAGUGCUUUCCAGAAGAUGUGCGGAGACCAGGAAGAUGCACUGGAGUUUUUGGAGUUUUUCUUGGAGUAG